AUGUCGUAUCCGGCCCCUCCAGGUCUGAAAUCCUCUACAACACAGCCUCCUCCGUCACUGCCUGCUCGGCCUCCUCCUUCGACAGUGGGUGCUGCGCCGCCAUAUAAAACAGCCUCAAGUGGUGCAACGACCCGACCUGCCUUCACGGCAUUUGCGCCGCGGUCUGUAGUAUCGGCCAACACCUAUCGCACAAGAAGUCCAGCACAAUACGCAGCCGCGCCUGUCACGUCUUACAGCCCUGUCCCUUCAUACCAAGCCACCGCAGAUUACUCUUCGCAACCUCAGUAUGACGCAUCAUACUCAGCCAGCCCACAAAUCCGCAAUCCUUUCGCCCCUCCUUCAGACACGUCAGCCUCCGCAAGCACUUACCCUGGAGGCUCUGGCGGAUAUGACCCCGAGUACGAAGCCCAGGUUCAGCAAUGGCAGAGCGCCUACAUGAGCAGGGAUACUACUGGCGGCACUACCGCUCCCACACCUAAACCUGCGCCAGGAAACACUACAACUAGUGCUUCUACUCCACGCGCCGAACCUACGCCGCAGACUGACGAUGUUCCGAAAACAGUCCAUCGAUCGGGCGGAGGCACCACAUGGACUGAUCAGACCCUGUUAGAAUGGGAUCCAGCCCACUUCCGCAUUUUCGUCGGCAAUCUAGCAGGUGAAGUCACCGAUGAAUCCCUCCUUAAAGCAUUUUCGCAAUAUCCCUCGGUUCAAAAGGCCCGUGUGAUACGAGACAAGCGGACGACCAAAUCCAAAGGGUACGGUUUCGUGAGUUUUGCCAAUGGUGACGACUACUUUCGUGCCGCAAGAGAGCAGAACGGGAAGUAUGUGGGCAGUCAUCCGAUCGUGGUGAAGAAGGCAAUGACGGACGUCAGAGCAUCGACGCUGAAGCCCAACAACCACAAGGGAAAAGGUGGUUCUGGUGGGCAUGACAAAGUCCAGCAUGGCGGUAUCAGCAAGAAGCAGCCAAAGACGAAAGGAGGAUUGAAAGUUUUGGGAUAA